UGACUCCCAUCAUAUUUCCACCCAAAAAUAUAAAAAAGUAGUUCACUUUCCCACAAACCAUUUUUCAAAUCGCCGGUCAAUACCACCACACAAACCCUCACCGACGAUCACCUCAUUUUCACACACAACUCCAAACCCCCACCCACCAUCCGACGUCGUUCCCGAACCUAGGGUUUUUCAACCACUCAUUUUUUUGUAUGUAUUCAAUUCUACUAUAGAUACACACAUACUGCCGGUGAACGGCGGCGGUGAUGGACGGUGGUGUUCCGGAGUCGGCGGCGGGAGAUGGUAAGGAGAAUAAGUGGUUGAAGGGGAGUUUUGCUGUCGUUGGAAUCAUGUCUACUCUUGUUAUCUAUGGUGUCUUGCAGGAGAAGAUCAUGAGAGUUCCUUAUGGGCCAAACCAUGAAUUUUUCAAACAUUCGUUGUUUCUUGUUUUCUGUAAUCGCAUUUCCACCUCAGCAGUAUCUGCAGUUUUUUUACUGACAAGUAAAAGAGCGCUGGAUCCUGUUGCUCCCAUUUACAAAUAUGGUGUUGUAUCAAUUUCUAACAUACUAACUACAACAUGUCAAUACGAGGCUCUUAAAUACGUUAGCUUUCCUGUUCAGACCUUAGCCAAGUGUGCCAAAAUGAUACCAGUUAUGAUUUGGGGAACCUUGAUUAUGCAAAAGAAGUACAAAGGGCCAGAUUAUAUUUUGGCUUUGCUAGUUACCCUUGGCUGUUCGUUAUUUAUUCUAUUUCCGGGGGCAAGUGAGUUAAGUUCUUUUCGCAAAGAAAGGGAAAGCACCGUUUGGGGCGUCUCUUUGAUGAUCGGUUAUUUAGGGUUUGAUGGUUUCACUAGCACUUUUCAAGAUAAAUUAUUUAAAGGAUAUGAUAUGGGAAUAUACAAUCAAAUUUUCUAUACUACUCUUUGUUCUUGCAUACUUAGUUUGACUGGCUUAAUUUUGCAGGGCAAUCUUCUCAUGGCGAUAGAUUUUGUAUCUCGACACAAAGAUUGUUUCUUUGACAUUGCAUUGCUUUCAACUGUUGCAACGGCCAGUCAGUUCUUCAUAUCGUACACAAUUCGCACAUUUGGAGCUCUUACAUUUGCCACCAUAAUGACCACUAGACAAUUAGUGAGCAUUUUGCUGUCAUGUGUGUGGUUCGCUCAUCCCCUUAGUUUGGAACAAUUCCUUGGAGCCGUUAUUGUGUUUGGAUCGCUAUAUGCAAAGGUCUUCUUGAAAAGCAAACCCGAGAAACCAUUACCCUCUUUACACAAGUCGGACGUGGAAGAAAAUGUUCCACUAAAGGCGAUCGCUUAAUGCGAACUGAUAUUUAUAAAAAAAGGAUUUGAUAAAAAGAUUUAGACGCGUUUAUGAAUGGUUUAUAGAAUCCGCGGAAUUUUGCAUAUGUUACCAGUGGAAGAUUGGUUUAUAACUAAUUUACUUGAUAUUUGUAACGGCUUUUAGUUAUAAAAAUGGGGAGUUUUAACUUUCA